AUGGGCCACGCUGAUGCACUCAGCAGGUUGCCCUUGCCUAAUUCAGAACCAGACCCCACACUUGCUGCACGCAUCAUGUCAAUUCAGGAUCUGCCAGAAUCUCCCCUUCACGCAGGGGAUGUGGCUGCUGAAACAGCCACUGACAAAACACUCAGUCGUGUUUUGAACUGGGUGCUAUGGGGAUGGCCAGGAAUCAGUCCUAGGACAGAAUUUCACAGCUUCAUCAGAAGACAAGAUGAGCUAUCUGCAUACAAGGGAUGCAUUCUAUGGGGAAGUAGGGUUAUAGUCCCACACACAUUAAGAGCAAGAGUCUUAGAAUCUCUGCAUGAGGGACAUCCUGGAAUAGUCAGGAUGAAGGCACUCAUGAGAAGCUACCUGUGGUGGCCAGGGUUGGAUAAGGAUAUAGAGGUUCAAAUGAAAGGAUGCCAGGUUUGCCAGCAGACCAGACCUGAAAUGCCUCAAGCCUCAGUACAUCUCUGGGAGACUACACAAACCGCCUGGUCUAGGAUUCACAUAGACUAUGCAGAACCCUUUCAAGGACAGGUGUUCCUUAUUGUAGUGGACAGUUACUCCAAGUGGCUUGAGGUAGCACUUGUCCCCACUAUGACUACUAACAGGACCAUCCAGGAACUGCGCAGAAUCUUUGCCACAUAUGGCUUACCUGAUGUAAUUAUAUCAGAUAAUGGGGUACAAUUUACUGCUGCUGAAUUUCAGUUCUUCUUAAGGACUAACAUGAUUAGACAUGCUACCUCUGCCCCCUUUCACCCGGCCUCUAAUGGUCAAGUGGAAAGGAUAGUCAGGAAAACUAAGGAAGAGCUUAAAAGAAUAACAAAGAGCGAUUGGCAUUAUAGAUUGGCAGACUUUUUGCUCUGCCAACACACAACUCCAUGCACUUCAAUGGGCCAUAGUCCAGCAGAACUGAGAUGGGAAUGUUGGCUGACUACAAAGUUGGACCGUCUCCAUCUGGACUGA